AUGGCUCAACCCCCACAAGCACGCAGUGCACUCGUAAUCUUGGCACUCGUCGUUGUCGGCCACUGUCUCCUCGGCCACACUGAGGCCACUGACUUCAUCGUCGGAGACGCCGGCGGGUGGAAAUUCAAUGUCAUCGACUGGCCCAAUGGGAAAAGCUUCAAAGCCGGCGAUGUCCUCGGAAAAACCUCUGGUGACCUUAGUGAAAGAAAAACCAUAUAUUCUUUUGCAGUGUUUAACUACGCUGCAGGGUCACACAAUGUGGUGUCGGUGACCGAAGCCGGCUACGAUCAGUGCUUGCCGUUUGACGGGAAAGUCUACACUUCCGGGAAAGAUCGAAUUACCCUUGUCAAAGGGGACAACUACUUUAUAUGCUCCUUCCCUGGUCACUGUGCUGCAAAUAUUAAGAUCAAAGUGACAGCAACCUGA